AGGAGAGGAAAAAGCUGUGCUGGCGAGGGUGGGAACUGAAUGACAACCCCGCUCUCUUGCAAACCACCCCCUCAUAUUUUCCAUCCACCUCCUCGCUCCCGCCCUCCCCCGCCCUCCCCAACCCACGCCCGGGUGGGCCAAUCGCUGCUCGGUAUUCCAGGCGCUUUCUCAGGUUUCUGCUGAUCUUGCAGCGCCCAGAAAUGGACCGAGCGGACCCGCCGCCGCAGGCACUCUGCCUGACUCCAAGCUCCUAAGGGCUCCCGGCGCGCCGCGUAGCCUCGGGGAGGUCCGCGCAGGGGUGCAGAGAGCGAAGGGAACUGGAGAGCUAUGUAGAUCCAGGCUCCUGCCCGCCCGGCUCCUUCGGGAUCGAAUCAAGGGCUCCCAUAGUGUUAGGAGGGGGCGAGAGUGCUGUUUAUCGUCAUUUGCCUCGGAGCUUCGGGAGAGGGUGGUAUUUUGCUUUUCCGCCCCGCAUCCUCCGGAACUCCCUGCACUGGAGAGAGGACGGCGUCUCCAGGUUGCUGGCAACCAGUGAGAAUGGGGGUAGGAAAUGAACAUUUUCGCCGUUGCUGCUCCGUAACGCGAUUGUCCAACUGAGAGGGGCGUCGGACGAGCGGACCAGGGCUGCUAGUUUGCCCGGCGCGUCUCGGAUGCUGGCUGCGGUGGCCGCCGGGGCUCCCGCCAGGGCACUGCAAAGGCGACCUGCCGCAUUCCCACGCGGGCUCUCCGCGGACUCAGCACCGCCCCUGCGCCAAGCCGGCCGGCCAGCGUCCAUCGAUCGCCCUGGUGGGAGCUUAGAAGGCGGCAGGCGAAGAGGGGUAGGAGGGGGGAGAGCCGAGGAGAAGCAGAGAGGGUGGCAGGCGUGGGGAUCUGCUGAGCCGGCACUGCACCGGGUCCUAGGAAGGCUCUCGGAGGGGAGGGGAGGCCAGGGCGACCCCCGAAGCGAUGGCCUGGUCCGCUAGAACAGCACUGCGUUAAGUCACCUCGGAUCAGUAAAAAAUAUCUU